AUGGGAUCUUGUUUCUCGCGAGAAAAUAUUCAAACGAAUUCAGAAGCUAUUCAGAAAUAUUCCGGAAUCACAGGAUGGUUUGAAUUACCAUAUGAUGUUAGAGUAUUGAUUAUUGAUUAUUUGGAUUUGAGAACAAGAAGGAAGUUAGCACGGUGUUCACAAGCUUGUCAUAAAGAAAUACUUUCAAGUUGUAAUUUUGUGGAUGAAAUUCAUAUACAAGAUUAUAUUGAGGAGGACAUACGGCAUAUUGGAAUUGUUUUGAUAUCGAAAGACGAAAAGUGGCUGUUCAGAAUUGUGGAAUUGCCUUUUCCUGGAAAUAUUAUAGUUCGAUGGGAAAUGCCGCAUCCAAAUGGAAAUAAUGAAUUAAUAUCGGAGACAGGCAUUGGCAAUUUGAAGCCGUUGCGAUUUGUUUUGGCAAAUUUCAAAAUGUUUGUGAAGAGGAAUAGGAAAAGUUUGAAGAGUAUUCGAAUUCAUAUUGUGAGUUUUUCCGUGACACUUUAAUAAUUCAAAAUUUUUUUUGCAGAAUGAUUUUCCGUACCAUAAAUGCAAUAUCAAAAAUUUGCGAAAUCCAGGAUUACAAGAUCUUAUACUUCCACAAAAUACAGUUCAUAAAGUCGAUCCGAUUUCAUGUGGAUUCGUAGAUCUCGACACAAUAUUCCGUUUCCAUCAUCUGAUUAAAGUUCCAAAUUUGAAACUCGAUUAUUUCAUGACAAAAAUCAAAACAAAAUUCGCAGUAUUAAACGCGCCCAUACCCAAUUUAGAAGAACUCGACAAUUUUUUGCGACAUUGUUUCAUUGAAGAAGAUGUUGAUGAUAAUUUCGAAGUUAUGAAGAUAAUGUUGAAAGAUGCUGAUAUGAAUAAAGAGAAAUUGAUUGAAGUUAUCAGAAAAUAUGCUGAUAAUGUGGAAUUCUUUGCAGACUUUUCGAAAUUUACGCGAAAAUCGAGAAUUUUGAAGCAUAAAAUACGAUGUAUAUAUUUGGAAGAGGAAUAUUUACGUUAUUAUACUGCCGAUGAAUCGAUCGAUGAUGAUGAUGAGGAAUCAGAUAGUACUGACAGUGAAUCUGUUUUUACUGAUGAUGAAUGA